CUAAAAUAUGAGCUAAAUGUUUUGUUAGUAGUAAUUAAGGGUCUUGCAGUUUCGCUUUCGUCGAUUUGUUUUUAAAAAAACUGAAACCGAAGUCCGAUUGAUUAAGUGGUUUUUGGUCAGUUAAGGUUCACUUUGGCAACUUGGUUGGUUUUGAAAGCAUGAAUCAUAAACCGUAAACCGAACUGCUCCUACUGUUGUCAGUAUUUUACUGUUUCGGUCAAUUUGGUUUUGGUUUGUCAGUUUUUUGUUGCCCCUUAAUAGUAGUUGUUUUGCCUAAGAGUAAAUUGCUCUGUAUAAGUGUAAAACUCGACGUUUUCCAAAAAUAAGACUAUGUUUAUUCCUUACCUAGGACUUGCGUAAUCCUUAAUUUAAGUGUAAUAAUUUUAAACUCAAAAUACCCUCGAAUUUUAGGUUUAGGGUUUAUAAUCUACCAUUUAGGGUAGAGUGGUGGCAGUCUGGCGACUGGGUGGUGGCAGUUCGGCUGCGGCCGUUACGGGCGGCAGUCCAGUGAGCUGCAGUGGUUCAGCAGCGCCUGUAUUGGUGGUUAGCGGCAGUAUUCCAAAUGUGCUUGCUCUCCUGUGGAGUUUGGGGGUCAAGAAGAUAUAAUUUUCUGUGGUGUGUUUGAUGGCCAUGGUCCGUGGGGUCAUGUUGUAGCUAAAAGAGUCAGGGAAUCAAUUCCUAUUUCUUUGAUGUGUAACUGGAAAGAAGAGCUUGAUCAUUACAAUGAUGAAGGAUUAGAUGACAGACAAUUCUGCCGUAUUGACAUAUGGAGACAAUCUCUCAUCAAGACCUGUUCUGCUGUUGAUCAAGAACUCAAACAGCAUGCGGAUUCUUUUUAUAGUGGCACAACUGCACUGACAGUUGUUAAACAGGGUGAUCUUAUGAUGAUCGCAAAUGUGGGGGACUCCAGGGCAGUCUUGGCUACAACUGAUGACGGUGGUGACCUAGUACCGGUUCAGCUAACGGUCGACUUCAAACCCAACUUACCUGGAGAACGUGAGCGCAUAAUGAGGUCCAAGGGCAGGGUUUGUUCGAGUGAUGAUGAACCGGGGGUGUAUAGGGUGUGGAUGCCACCUCAAAAUGGAGAAGAAUUGGAAGGGCCUGGGCUAGCAAUAUCUAGAGCCUUCGGAGACUACUAUUUCAAAGACUUUGGCCUCAUUUCUGAGCCUGAAGUGAUGUUCAGAAACAUAACCUUUAGAGAUCAGUUUGCCAUUUUGGCCACAGAUGGAGUGUGGGAUGUAAUGUCUAACCAAGAAGCUGUGGAUAUAGUUUGUUCAGCGCCAGAAAAGGAAAGUGCUGCCAAGAGGCUGGUGGAGCGUGCAGCUUGUGCAUGGAAGCGGACUAAAAGGGGAAUUCCAAUGGAUGACAUGUCUGCAAUUUGCCUCUUCUUUCACAGCCCUUCAUGAUUCUGUGAAGAAGUACAACUUGGCUGCAUGACGCAGAAGACAAUAAAACAUAAGCUUCAACUACGUAAAUACUCAUUUGGGUCAUACAAACUAGCUAGCCGUUUCACUAAUUACCUCAUACAAUCUUCCAAUAUGCACUCCUAAUCCUUUACUGUAUUGAGGACCUGAAUUAUAUAGUUUGCUUACCUUCUUUUCUCGUAUAUGUGGCUGUUCUACCUUAAAUUGCAUUCAUACGUGUAUGAAAGUGAUGAUGUUUUUUACACUAAGGAAUAAAAUUAAGGGGCUGUGUACUUUGGACUUAAUGGACUUAAUGGGAAUAGUGAC